CACGUUUCAAGAAUUUCCCAACGCCGCCAUGGCUGUCUUGCAGCCUGAAGACGGGGUGCUGGACUUGUUCCGGGCGGUGGAUGGGCUGCACAAGGCCUACUGGCGAAGCUGCAGCGAACCGGUGGCCAACCGGGCGGUCAGCAAACUGCGACAGCCCCUGGUAGAGCUGGUGGGUUCUGCUGUGCUUCAUGUGCUCGAAGAGAUGCAGUCAGGACUAGCAGAUCCACGCGUGCAAGCCGUGGGCGUUUGCUUCCUGAAAGCCGCCCUGAGUGGUUCUGAUGGCACCACCAAGGAUAUCUUGCAGAAAGCAGGUGUCGUGGAGGUGCUCGUUCGCAGCAUGACGAACCACGCCAGUACGGAGUAUUUGCUGCAGGAUGCUCUGAGUAUCCUGGAUGAGUUGCACGGCCUCAGUGCUUUGCUCCAAGCCUUGGAGCACCUGCGCUCCAGUCCCUUCGCCACCAAAGCGGCGCUGAUCUCGCUGCGCACCUCCGCCCGGGCGCGGUGGAACGAGGUCGAAGCGCAGGACGCCUUCCAAGUGAUCCGAGUGAUCCUGUUGUCCCUGCGAGCACACCAGGAGGGGCAUGUGAUCCUGGCAGGACUGCAGCUCCUGAGCGAUUUGGCGGGCGAUUUGCCGGAGACGCGGAUCGCCUUCUUUAAGCUGGGUGGAUGGGACUGGCUCUUGCAGGUGCUCGAAUCCUGGGAGGAAUUGAGCAUCCAACAGGAGGGCAUCCGCAUGGUCUCGCAGCUCUGCAAAGGCGGGGCCUGCGGUGACGCCUUCGGCGCCCGCGUGGGCGUGGUGCUGGAGCGCUCCCUGCAGCGCUCGCAGAACGACGGGAAAGUCCUGUACUGGGGCCUCUGGGCAGUGCAACAGCUGCAUGGCGUGCAAUCGCUGCUAGCCACGCUGCGGACCAACUGCGAUGUCUUUAAUGAGAAAUCCGAGAAAGUGGUAAAGUCCACGUUGAGGUCCCUGAGUGACCUCACUUGGGAAGGUGACCAAGCCGGGCUGGUGUCGUGGCUGAUUUUUCGCCUUCGGCGUCCCUAUGGGGUCACUGUUCUGGCGGGGACCAUGGAUAAGGUUUGGUUGAGUGACUAG